AUGGACCACUCUGGACUGCUGUGCUCAAACACACCCUCCACUUCCUGGAACGGACCAAAGGGCUCUACCUUUUCUCCCGGAGCGUGGAAUGAGCCUUACAAUUACAGCAUGAACAAAGGCCCAGCAGUUCCGCCCAAACAGCACAGCAUCAUCGGUAAUGCAGGGGGAGGGACGCAGGACGGGUUGAUGUUGGUGAGCUCAGGACAGUCGGUGAGCUCACAUUCCAGUUCAUUCACAUCUGUGACAAACCUUUCUGGGAGAGGAGGGAAUAACAUUCCUGGGAUUUCACUGGCAGCGGCAAUGAUGGGGAAGAGGAGCGAGACAGAAGGGGCUGCAGCGGAUGGAGGAAGAGGAGGUGGAGGAGGGGGGGUAGGGGAGGCAGGAAGAGGACGGGAACGGUCGGCACGUUCCAUAGCAGCGGCAAACGCCUUCAAGUUCCGGGAGCGUUCCCUUUCUACCCCCACAGAUACUGGUUCCUUCUGCUUUACAGAAGGUGGUAUAGGGCCACCAGAUGGGAAUGCCAUGUCUACAGGGAACGGGAAUUCUAUGGCAAUAACAGACCACCACCAACAACAGCAUAACUUCCUAGGUUUGGGUGAGAACUACGCCCUCCUCUACCCUAGAGGGAGCUCUGAAGACAGUGCCAGUACCACAGACACGAUCUCUGUCACAGCUUCAGACUACAGUGCAGAUGGCCGCUUGCGCCUACGCUCACGCUCCAUCUCGCUUAAAAAAUCCAAGCGCAAGCCGCCCCCUCCUGUGAGGAGCGUCUCUCUCAUGAAGAACCUUGGAGAAGCCGAGGGGAGAAUCCACCGUGAAGGCGGUCUUUAUCGGGAUGGCCGGCCCAAGAGCUUGCAUAUCCCCAGGGACCACUUCCCAGACUUCCAGCCUGAUUUCCUACUGCCCAGCUCGUCCUGCUCCUCUAAACCCAAUGUUGGUGAGCAGGAGCUGGGUCAUGGAGGCACUAAUGGACCUCCGAGCCUGGAGGUCCAGGCACCAGAGAGGGAGGUAGAGACAGAGCUGACCUUCCCCACUCACUGGCAGCUGGGGGAGUGGAAGAAUGACCCUUACAGGUCUCUAUCGGGCUCCAGCACAGCAACAGGCACCACAGUGAUUGAAUGUAUGAAAGUCAGAGGCAGCUCAGAGUCUCUGCUUGAUUCUCCCUCCACCUCCAGGGCCACCUCUCCCUCACAGCUCUCCAUGGAAACUGACAUCAAGGCAUCUUCGCCCUUCAAACCCCCAGGACUUAUGUCCCCAUCAAGUGGUUAUUCCAGCCAAUCAGAGACUCCCACCCCAACUGUUCCACUCAGUCAAAUGGCAUGUCAUGGAACAACAGGGACAUUAGGGUGUAAGUUGCGCCCGAAGAUCCCAGAAAGGAAAUCAUCGCUACCAUCACCAAAGGAUCCGGCUGCGAGGUCUAGAUUGUCCUUUGAGAUGCCUGGGAAUGCACAUCUGGAGCUGUCAUCAAUCAAGCCAAAGCAAAAGGCCAGUAGACGGCAUUCUGACACCUCAACAGCUGCAAAACCAGGAAAAAUCAGCCCCAGCUCUUCACAGGCAUUGCCUGUGGUUACUCAGAAUGAGCUGAAGACUGUUCGGCUUCGCUCUGUAUCCCGUGGUGACUUGGAGGACUGCCCUGAUGGGGCAUCUGACACCAUCGAAGAAGAACAGCAUGGCCGAGACCUAGGCGAGGACCCUAGCCCACCACCCACCCUACCAAAACCCAAACCACCUGUCGCUGUCAAGCCCCCAUUGCCUAAGCGGCCCCUAAACCUCCUCAUCAAGUCUCCUUCCCCCGCCUCCACUUCCCCCCUAGCCCUUGACUCUCCUCCUGCCUCACCUGUGGACCGGCCUGUACCCCUAGGCAACAUCUACAAAGUCAUGAAAAAACCCAAACCCAAAAAACCUCCACCACAAACUUCAGGUCCCUCUGCUUUCCCUGAUUCUACCAUCGCUCCACAAACUGCCUAUGAUCAUCCAUUCCUCCCCCACUCCCUCUUUGAUCUCCCUCCUCUUCCAGAACCGCAGCCUCUCCUGGAAGACCCAGCAAUGGAGCCUGAAUUUGACGCAGACCCAGAGAUCCGUCUUGGUCCGGAGGACGGAGGCUCACUCCCCUCUCCAUGCAGUAACCAGGAGGCCCCAGAGCUCCAGGACAAGAGCAAGACACUCCCCUCAAGGUUGACAAUCUCAUGUCUGGCAGAGCUGUCGGACAAAAAGAAACCCAAGGUUCCACCUCCAGUACCCAAGAAGCCGAAUGUCCUCCUUCUUCCCUCAUCAGUCCACUCCUCCACCAAUGGCAGCACAGAACGUCAGACGCCACAGACCGACAGCCCUGUGGGUCUUCGGUCUCCUGUUGGAGCAUUCUCACUAGAAGAGUUUCCCAGUACUCCUAGUGCUCCUGAUGUGCCAGAGCAAGAUGAAAACCACAUGGGAACAGACGAGGAGAGUUCAAAAGAGUCAUCACUUCAGUCUUCUCUGCAGGAUUCCUCCCUCACAGAGCUGGGUGAGAAAAUGACCUGCGCGGGGAUUGGGGAAGAUGACUCUGCAGCCAAUGAGAAGACGGUACUCCACAUUGCAGAGGAAACAGAUGAUGACUUGUUGCCCAGCACACCUGCAACACACACCACCGAAGACCUGUUCACUAUUAUUCACAGAUCCAAACGAAAGGUUCUCGGUCGAAAGGAGCCGACGGACUCCUUCGGCAGCCGCCAGAGCCUGGUGUCCCCAGUGAAGCACAGCACCAGCGGUAGCGACCUCCGCAAUCUGACCUUAGGCAGCAGUCAGAGGUCGAGCUCCCGCAAUGAAAACUUCAUGGCCCUGCUUCAGAAGAAAGGCAGCAAGUCUUCCAGCGGAGGGGCUAGAGUCUCCGCUAUGGAGCUUCUCAAAAGCACAAACCCUCUGGCGCGACGGGUCACAGAGUUUUCAACCACCAUGUCGACAUCCGGCGAGGGAGGAGACUUGGCAUCCGGAAAUGGCAAACCCAACGAUCAAUGAACGGAAGUAUUGUUAACGGAUGUUUACCAGGUCCGUUUGCUGUUGACAAAGCUACCAACCAAUUCUACAACGUGCCACCCACUGCAGAUGGGGCCUUCUGACUAACAUGUCCAAGUGGAUCGCUCCAACUACUGAUUGACCAUUUGCACUGUCCAGUCAAAUUUGAGCAAAUUUUUGGACAAAAUGGUCCCUCCCAUGUUUGAAGCGCAAUUGUUCCCUGUCAAACCGGUCCCUCUAAGAAAGAGUGAAAUCUGUGGGGAGCAAAGUUUGUUCUCUCUAUAUUUUCAUUGAAAGGUAGAGGUUUUAAGAUUAUGGUUCAACACUGCAUCGUGUUUUGCUCAUUGGGGAUAUGCUCAGUGUGGAGGCUGGAUGGAUGAAUAGAUGGACGGGUGGAGUCUAGACUUGGAAUAUAAGGAUAUACUACUCCUGGCUCCUUCUGGAUGAAGACAACAAAACUCCCUGAUGACCACGAUGGUCAGUGUAUAUGAAUCUGUACUUAUGCUGAUCCACUAGGAUACCAUGGAGGAUCACUAAUCAAAUGUUUGCAAGAAGUAAUGGAAUAAAAUACAGAAGAUGUGAGACUUCAAAUGAUUCGUCUAUGAUUCAACCAAAACCCUCCAACCACCCCUCCACCACUACAGCACCGAUACCUGUAGACAUACAUGACUUGAAGGGUGAAUUUUUAAUGGUGUCAUGAGGCACCUAAGAAAGAAAACAUGCCAAACACCUUGGACAUAACAAUUGUCUUCUCUCAAUGGUAAAUGCAAUGCCAUAGCAUUUUCAGAAAACAGAACAGUCUGAUCUGAGCGGACAAACCGCAGGAUUUACAAAGAGAAACCACAUGUGGGCUUUUUGCCAUCAAAGAUGAGGCAUGACCAUGUCACAGAUUUUGUUGCUCAUGCUAUGAACAUGAACGUGAACCUUUUACAAAACAUUCCACAGAAGCACCCAGCAAAUGGACGACAUUUUGAAACGCAAGCACUUUUCGUUUUCCUUGGCGUCGGAGGUUGUUUACAUGGCGCAGCCUUUGCGUCGCUAUAUUUUUUUCUUGAGACACUCAUCAAUCAUUAUUUUUUCAGUCUUUGAUUAGAAUUUCUUUUUUUCUUAUAUUUUUUUCCUACACAUGCUAGAUGGCCAUAUACUGUACAUGUUAAAUUGGACUGUACUGUAUGUAUCCUGUACAAAGAUAAAUGUAAUGCAUCUAUCAGUGAAUAUCAUUUGCGGACACGAAGACUAAAAAUAGUGUACAGAGCAGCAAGCAGCUUGGACUACAAACUGCCCACAAGAUGGAGGGAAAAACACACACUCAAACACAGACACACACACACACACACACAACUAAGGAGUAAUGCAAUGGAAGACAAGCAGAACAGACCUAUCCACACGAGUGUGUGUGUAUUCAUACGAGUGUGUGUUCAGGGGAGAUCUUGCCUGUGGAGUUUCUGUACAGAGAGCAUGAAGCAGGCCUGGUUGUUACACAGGGUUUUUAUUCAUUUUGGUCUCUGGUGAUGGGACCAAAGGACUGUUAAAAAAUACAAACAGACCAGAGGGGACCUAACAAUGUGUGUGUGUGUGUGUGUGUGUGUGUGUGUGUGUGUGUGUGUGUGUGUGUGUGUGUGUGUGUGUGUGUGUGCGCUUGUCUGUGUGUUCAUGUAUGUGUUAAGAGGGAAGUGCCAAGAACAAAAUGGGAGAAAGAGAGAGUGCACGUACGUCUGCCUGUUUAUGUGUUUGGAUUUUUGCGUGUGCACAUCGUCGCCCCACAUUCCCACCCCACCCCCAUCCUUUUCUUCGAAUAGGAUUAGAACGAACGAAGCAGACACCCUACACCCACACAUCAGGGAACCAUAAGGAACCCAAAGGGAUUCAGGAACCAAUAGGAUCGACUAUCGAGAGGAUUCAGGAACCAGUGGAUUAAGGAUUCUGCAAUAGAGUUAGGUAUUCCGGCAUGAGGGAGUUUUGAGACAUCACAACCCCAAGGCCAGUACAGAUCAAGCCAGAGAUCUGUGAGCACUGUCGCAGAGUGCCGUUGCAGGGCCAAUUACUUUGGUUUACUCUCCUCCACGCACGUUUUCACACACCUGUCUCUUUCCUCUCAGAGGUCAGGGGGCGGUCUGUGCCUCCUUCCUGUACCUCCUUUCCACUCGUUCUUCUCCUCCUCUUUUUAAUCACUUCUGGAGCACACGCUGUCUCUCUGCAUAUAGCAUCAUCUUUCCUUUUUCCUCUCAUGGAACCUCUCUUCUGGCACAUAACAGUAGCACACUCUCUCUUUCUCCUUCUUACGCUAUAUGCUGCAACCUCUCUCCGUUUUUUCACGUAGCAUAGCCUCUCUCUCCCUUUCAAUCUUCCUGCCACUGCCCUCCUCCCUUCCUCUUUUAACCUUCUCUCCAUCCUCUCCUCCCUCCCUGGCGCUCCCCCAUUUUCCGUUAACCUUCUCUCCCUCCCUCUCUCCCUCCUCUCUACCCCUCUGCAUUCAGUCUAUGCAUCUGAGCUCGGCAGACGACACGACACCGGAUGAAUGUCAAUGAAUGACUGUUAAGAAAAUAGAUGCUGUGCUUAGUUUGGGAGUGCAAAAAACAUCUUUCAGUGCUUAUCUUAUGCCUUCUCUCUUUCUUGAUCUCUUGAGUUUUUAUACUUUUUCUUAACCUUCCUUUUGAGUAUCCAUGUAACAUUGAAUUAACAUGGAUGUAUGGAAUGGAUCAGUGCACAAACACAGAAACAGGCAGGGUUUGAAUGUGUUUUUGCAGAAAGGACCUUACCUUUUGGAUUGUGAGCAAAACACCCUGUGGUCUUUGACCCCUGACCGACCCUCAGUUCUGGAUCACUCUGUGGACGGUCUGAGAAUUUUGGAUUAGCAGUGGUUCAGCUCUUAACACCUGACUUAUCCCUCCACAUGGAUGGACUGUGUGGAGGGAGGAGGGACCCUUUCAUCUCUUGACUCCCAGUCGGCAAACUAUCCCUCGGUGCUAUUGAGUCGGAGCUCCCCCUGGUGGAUGGAAAAGGAGGAACCACACAUCACAACAGAAGAGGGGGAAAAAAACUCCUUCACACAUCUCUCUCUUCCCUACAACAGUCCUUCAGGUAUUCCAUAAUCCUGAAAAAAAAAGAUGAAGAUUUUAAAAAUGCAUAAAUUAUCACCAUUUAUGAUGACUAGUCAAGUGACGCUUGUUUUAAAUAUUUAGUGAAUGAAAAAAGAUAAACCUAUAAAACUCUGUGUUUGUUUGCCUUGUAUACUGAAUUAUGGGCGUAUUGUUGCAGCGCCUACUGUGUUUUUUUUUUUCUCUUUCAUCUGCCUUGGUAGUACACACACAAACACAACUUUCUGGCCAAAAAACGUUUAUGUUUAAUCUGUAUCUGAUCUGAACAGAAAGGUUUGGAAAUCUGACUCCGAUAACUAUAAAAACAAAUAUUUGCCCAAAUCUGCAUUGAUAUACAGGUAUGCAGUGUGGCGCAACGAAGUGAUAUUGCCUUAUUUUAGAGCAAUAUCCCUCAGAGCAAUCAAAUAUCUGAGGUCGGGUAACAGAAGUUGGAAGGGAGGGCUGCUAGAUCGAGAAAACUACAAAGUAAGAUGUGGUGUGUAGACACGUGCAUCUAAAAAUGGGGGUGUAGAAGGCCAGGCUGUCAGGAAGAAUGUAUCACGUUUCAGCGCACACAUAAGCUGAAAGGAUGAACAAACCACAGUGUUGUUUUACUUGUUCCUGUGUAGACAAAUAGCAAAUAUCUUCAACAUAGCACAUUUGGUUCACAAGUAGAGGUACAAACAAAGAAUCACAUGGGCAUACUGGUAAAAAGGGUGCUAUCCCUUUUGUAGGGAUACAAUCAUUUAAUAUUGAGAAGAACAUGUUAUGUUUUUUGCAGUUUUUAUAAAUAUUUCUCAGAGGCAGAGUUGCGCCAGGGGCAGAAAUAAUCUCAUUGGUUGGUUUAAUCUACAAGGGGUGGAGACAAAGAACCUGCUGAGACACUACUGCCAACUUGGUGCCAUAUUUUUGCUACUUCGACUAACAACAAACCUCCUGACAAUUGGAACAACUGGCCCUCAGUUUGUUUGGUUUAUCCCUCUGCUCUACGCAGUAUGAGAAAAUCUGGUCACAGUAGCUCCUCCCAUUGGGGAUUUAACGAGCCAAUGAGAGUAGCUUAGCCCACAGAGCAGCCCUGCCCCCAAGAAAUGUCUGUGGAACUAAAUUAUCAAUCAAGAUGUGUUGACAACAUAUAUUGAAAAUUACAUUUCUAUAAAGUGUGAAAUAUAUUGAAUAUUUAAUACAUUAUCCCUUCUUUAGGAGGACAACUAGGGACGAGAGGAAGGAGGGAAAAUGAGGGUGUGGACCAAAAGUUUGCUUCUGCUGAACGUUGGGAUUACCACCAUCAUCUUUCCCUUCACCUCCUCUCUCCCUUUUUCUCAGCUGUCGUGUGACUCAAGAGGAGUAAUCAUGUUAAAAGCUUUCUCCCUCUCACUCUCUCAUUUUCUUCCCUGCAAAGUGAUAAAAGGUAUGGGAAAGCAAGAAAGUACAGAGCACUGCAAUCGCCCGAUAAUUAAUUUGGUUUCAUUUCGGGCUCUGCAGAUACAGAACAGUCACAUAGCAACCUGUUGCUGAGACACAUAAAUAAAAGCUGUGUAGAAGUAAAGUUGGAGACUUUGAGUUCAGGCGAGGACAAUUAUCUCUAAAGCCAACAGGAAGAUCCCAGUUUAUCCGAAUAAGCUAAACAAAGCUAUGUUAGUGUGAAUAAUGUGUUUACAGUAACUUGUUAAGUAUAAUGAAUAGAGCUACGAACAUGAGACAAUAUACCGGACCACCAUAAACAAAUCAAACAUUCCUUCAGACUUUAGACUCAAAGUUGACCACAAAUCGUUCCAGGAUUUGCAAAGGAUUUACAAAUAUAAUCUGUCAAAGACAAAAACAGCUACUACACAAAUCCAAACUGUUUACCAUUUUGUACAGAAAUCUACACAGACACAAAAGCUUAAAAAUAAAAAUAUUGGACCACAUUUAGCAACUGCAAUUUGGCCCAAGAAGAGAACUUGUUUUAACCAAAUGUACAUCUUUACUGUGGAACGUUACUAAACACGCUGUGACAAUUACCUGUGUUAGUUGUGUUGAAUCAAUGUGUGUAGUAUUUCAGGUGAGGGAUUGAGCAAAUAAUUUAGUUACAACAAACUGUUGUCUUUGAAGAAUUUAUUAGUACUAUAGCACAAAUCAGCUGGACCAGAGGUUCUGUCUCCUAGGACAGUCACUAACUUCUGGCCCAGAGCAAAGGGCUGCAUAAUAAUUUAAUAAAUCACACCAAAUAAUAAAAGGAAAAGGUUAAAGAUUUAAAAACAAUAUAGAAGUCAUAAUAAUAACAAAAAAAAGUACUAUUGUAAGUACUUAGAGAUUAAAAGAUUAUAAAAGAGAAAGAAAAAUGUACUAUUCUGAUUUUUACAAUUACAACCGAACAUGUAAACUCAACUACAAGUUCUGCUACCCGAUGACCUGAACCUGUUACUGGUUCUGCUACCCGAUGUGUGUGUUGUGCAAAAUUUGGGGCUCUGGUUGGAUUCGGUUUGGUUAUGUUCAGAAAUAAUAAUAAUCAAGCCAUCUGCACCCAUGCAUAUCACGUGUUGCAAGUAGAUACGCAGCGUCUACUGGGAAGAUGGAGAAAGAGAGUGUAGCCAAUGCCUUUACAUUUACUAAUGUAUGAAAAAAGCAAAAACUAUGCUGUAGCUUUGGGUGUCAAGUCAGGUUCGGGUCUCAGUUUUUGCGCAAAACAUGGAUAUCUUGACUGUAGCUCAGAACAAUAAAAUAGUACUCAACUCAAAGCCCCAAAACAUUAAAUUGGAAAAAUUAUAAAUCACCACAAGUCUUCUAGUUUCAAUGACCUACUCCCUGCAAAUCCAUGCACGUCAGCAAUUUAGUUGAGAACUACAUUCUGCAAAAGUACACGCCAAAUGUCUAUUCCACAGCAAGAGGAUAAAAUAUACAUUAUUAUCACGAGUAACCAUGUUGCUACAGUUAAAAAAAACUUUUUGUUGCUUUGAAUGCAACAAACCCAACUCUGAUUGAGUUUCAGUGACUUGUGAUGGGCUACAACAAACCAAGAAAAUCACUAAUCGGACUAAAGCCUCAUUGCCCAAAUGUAGCCCUUUUGUAAUUAGCUGAAAGUUACAAGUGUCACAAGUUACAAGUCAAUAAAUACAUGGUUUGAAGUGUGGUCCGGCUUUAUGAGUGAGUGAAAGAGGGGGAAAAAGAAGAGCAGAGAAAGAAGGUUACUGGUUGCAGAUUUGGGCCAAAGAGUAUCUUUCAUUUGUUUUAGGAGUGCUAGAGGGGUGGGGUUUACAGUGUUUGGCAUGCUUUCCAUCAUGAAAACUGAUGUCCUUUGCUGGUAAACCCCACCCUCCUGCCACUCUUAGGCAAAGUAAAACAAACCCCAAAACUCAAUUGUUACCCCAGUUCAGGGGCUGUACAGGCAGCUUAUAAAGAAACAGAGAUGAUAAUUAGAGAGACAUAGAGAAAGACAGACAGAGCUAUUGGAAUUAUUCUAUUUUUGUUAUUCCCCAUUGAAAAAGACAUAUUUAAAGGAAUAUUCCGUGUAUGUAAUGAAUAUCCUCUGUUUCCCUGCCCCAUCCAAUGGUGUGAUCUGUAGCUGCGAGGUGGCGUCACAGACAAAUGCUUCCCUCUGCAGCUAUGCAAUGCCAAUGUGAUGAAAUUAUUAUAUCAAUAUAAAUAAAUUAUUUUUCUUGCUUAAAACA